AUGUCUCUUUAUGCGAGUAAUUCUUUAUUUCCAACAACAAUAUCUGUACCUAAUGGUUUUCCUCCACGAAUGGAAGAUAAAUCGAGAAAUAAAAUAAUUUUCUUGGAUGUAACUCCAGCUCAAUCUCCAUAUUUAAGACCGGUUUCAAAGAAUUCUAUAGUACCAAUUAAAGAUAACCUAAUUAUUCCGGAAAUAUACAAGGACAUUGUCUACGAAAAUAUAAAGCCCGUCUUUACCCUGCUGCGUAUUAUGGGGAUAUUGCCGCUCACGAGACCAACGGCAGGCUUAAACCAAUUUCAGAUUGCAUCACCCUCAAUGCUCUAUUCUAUGGUUAUAUACAUUUGUUUGGUCGGAUACGUUCUUUAUCUUUCCCUACACAAAGUGCAAAUCUUGCGAACGGCUGAAGGCAAAUUUGAGGAGGCUGUAAUAGAAUACCUUUUCACGGUAUAUCUUUUUCCUAUGCUGGUGAUCCCAAUAAUGUGGUACGAGACGCGUAAAAUUGCAGAGACUCUAAACGGAUGGGUUAGUUUCGAGUUGGCCUACAAAGCUUUGUCCGGUCGAGUUCUUCCUAUAAAACUUUACAAAAAAGCUCUAGCUAUUGCGACUAUAAUUCCUAUAUUGUCUACAACAUCAGUUAUUAUCACUCAUGUUACGAUGGUUCACUUCAAAAUGAUGCAAAUCCUACCUUAUAUAUUUCUUGAAGUGUUAACAUACAUAUUGGGUGGAUAUUGGUAUCUUUUAUGUGAGGCGUUGAGCGUGUGUGCUAAUGUUCUCGCCGAAGACUUUCAACAGGCUCUCCGUCACAUUGGGCCGGCAGGAAAGGUCGCUGAAUAUCGCGCUUUAUGGUUGAGACUAAGCAAAUUAUCUCGGGACACAGGCAUUGCCAAUUGUUAUACUUUUACUUUCGUCAAUCUUUAUCUUUUCCUAAUCAUCACUCUGUCUAUUUACGGGCUGUUGAGUCAGAUAUCCGAGGGAUUUGGUACAAAGGAUAUUGGCCUGGCGUUGACGGCUUGCUGCAGUAUUUUUUUGUUAUUUUUUAUCUGUGACGAGGCACAUUAUGCAUCACAUAAUGUGCGUACAAACUUCCAAAAGAAACUGCUCAUGGUUGAACUAUCCUGGAUGAACACAGAUGCCCAAACGGAGGUGAAUAUGUUCCUGAGGGCAACUGAAAUGAAUCCCUCGCAAAUAAGCCUUGGAGGAUUCUUUGAUGUCAAUCGGAACCUUUUUAAAUCGCUCCUAGCUACAAUGGUGACGUAUCUUGUGGUGCUACUACAAUUUCAAAUUAGCAUUCCUGAUGAUAGUCAAGCUAUGGAAUCCGAUGAGAUGGAUGAACAGGCAACCAGUAGAGUUGUUGACGAAAUAACAACUACUACGACAAUCGCAACGACGAUACUCACUACUUUAGCAAAGAAAAAAAAGAAGAAUUAG